UUUUUUGUGAAUGAAAAAAGGAGGUCGCGAGCGGUCCCUGGGACUGCGGCGCUAGGCGUCUUUGUGGCCGCGCCUUCGGAGCGGGCCCGGGCGCGUAGCAGUGGCGGCCUCGCCACUCUAGCCCACUCCUGCUCGCUGCCUCCAGCCUCCACAGCCAGAGGACCGUUGGCGGCGGCGCGGCCCAGCUGCGGAGGUCGGAGCGGCCGCCAGCUGCCAGGCUCCGGCGUGCCUCCAUGACUCUGGGCGCCGGGGGCGCGGGGACAUGCUGAUCCGGAAGAGGCAAUGGCUGCAGUGCCGCGCGCGCGGCCGCUCCCUGCCCGCCGUCCGGCCCGGGCUGCUCUGUCAGAGUUUUUGAUCUAACGCGAACCGGGCCCGGAACCAGAGCGGCAGCAGCGCGACGGCGCCGGCAUCGUCCUAACUUGCACGCGCGGAGUGACCCCAGCCAUUUCACUAAAAUGAGCGUGCUUAGCAGGAAGAGAUGUGUUCCUUACACUAGAAAUUACCCCGUCACAUGUAGCGGUGUCUGCAUUCCUGCAUGCUGGCAUCCAGUUACAGCCCGGCAUGGUGGCCUGACUCUUGGGCUGGAUGGCUCAGCAGUGAGGGUGCCUGGGCAGCCUCCAGGACUCCUCUGAGCUCAGCCUUCCUUGGCCUAGGAAGGAUUCCUCCAAAUUGCUCCAACCCCCAGCUGACUUCAGGCGCACAGAGAAUGUCCCAAUUAAUGGAUUCUGACAUGGAUUAUGAAAGGCCAAACGUAGAGACCAUCAAGUGCGUGGUAGUGGGGGACAACGCUGUGGGCAAGACCAGGCUCAUCUGUGCCCGGGCCUGCAAUGCCACCCUCACCCAGUACCAGCUGCUCGCCACCCACGUGCCCACAGUUUGGGCCAUCGACCAGUACCGGGUGUGUCAGGAGGUGCUGGAACGUUCCCGAGACGUGGUAGAUGAUGUCAGCGUGUCCCUCCGCCUCUGGGACACCUUUGGAGAUCACCACAAAGACCGUCGCUUUGCUUAUGGGAGAUCCGAUGUGGUGGUUCUGUGCUUCUCCAUUGCCAACCCCAACUCCCUCCACCAUGUCAAGACCAUGUGGUACCCAGAAAUCAAGCACUUCUGCCCCCGAGCACCUGUCAUCUUGGUGGGCUGCCAGCUGGACCUGCGCUACGCCGACCUGGAGGCUGUCAAUAGGGCCAGGAGACCCUUGGCUAGGCCCAUCAAGCCCAAUGAGAUCCUUCCCCCGGAGAAGGGUCGGGAGGUGGCCAAGGAGCUGGGCAUCCCCUACUACGAGACCAGCGUGGUGGCCCAGUUCGGCAUCAAGGACGUCUUUGACAACGCCAUACGUGCAGCGCUCAUCUCCCGCCGGCACCUGCAGUUCUGGAAGUCCCACCUCCGCAAUGUGCAGCGGCCUCUGCUGCAGGCGCCCUUCCUGCCCCCCAAGCCGCCUCCCCCCAUCAUUGUGGUGCCCGACCCCCCCUCCAGCAGCGAGGAGUGCCCCGCCCACCUCCUGGAGGACCCGCUGUGCGCGGACGUCAUCCUGGUGCUGCAGGAACGUGUGCGCAUCUUUGCCCACAAGAUCUACCUCUCCACUUCCUCCUCCAAGUUCUACGACCUGUUCCUCAUGGACCUGAGUGAGGAGGAUCUGGGGGGCCCCUCAGGGUCAGGAGGCCCCUGCCCGGAGGACCACCGGGGUCACCCUGAUCAACACCACCACCAUCACCACCACCACCACGGCCGGGACUUCCUGCUUCGGGCAGCCAGCUUUGAUGUGUGCGAGAGUGUGGAGGAGGGCGGGGGCUCCGGGCCCGCUGGGCUCCGGGCUUCAACUAGCGACGGGAUCUUACGGGGCAACGGGACAGGGUACCUGCCUGGGAGGGGUCGAGUGCUGUCUUCCUGGAGCAGAGCUUUUGUGAGCAUCCAGGAAGAGAUGGCAGAGGAUCCACUGACUUACAAAUCCCGGCUGAUGGUGGUGGUGAAAAUGGACAACUCCAUCCAGCCGGGGCCCUUCCGGGCUGUUCUCAAGUACCUGUACACAGGGGAGCUGGACGAGAACGAGCGGGACCUUAUGCACAUCGCCCACAUUGCUGAGCUGCUCGAGGUCUUUGAUCUGCGCAUGAUGGUGGCCAACAUUCUCAACAAUGAGGCCUUCAUGAACCAGGAGAUCACCAAGGCCUUCCACGUCCGCCGGACCAACCGGGUUAAGGAGUGCUUGGCAAAAGGCACCUUCUCAGAUGUGACCUUCAUCCUGGAUGAUGGCACCAUCAGCGCCCACAAGCCCCUGUUGAUUUCCAGCUGUGACUGGAUGGCUGCCAUGUUUGGGGGGCCGUUUGUGGAGAGUUCCACCAGGGAGGUGGUGUUUCCUUACACGAGCAAGAGCUGCAUGAGGGCCGUGCUGGAAUACCUGUACACCGGCAUGUUCACCUCCAGCCCCGACCUGGACGACAUGCAGCUCAUCAUCCUGGCCAACCGCCUCUGCCUGCCGCACUUGGUCGCCCUCACAGAGCAAUACACAGUGACCGGGCUGAUGGAAGCAACUCAGAUGAUGGUAGACAUCGAUGGGGACGUCCUUGUGUUCCUGGAACUGGCUCAGUUCCACUGCGCGUAUCAGUUGGCUGACUGGUGUCUCCACCACAUCUGCACCAACUACAACAACGUGUGUCGCAAGUUCCCUCGAGACAUGAAGGCCAUGUCCCCAGAAAACCAGGAGUAUUUUGAGAAGCACCGGUGGCCGCCUGUCUGGUACCUGAAGGAGGAAGACCACUACCAGCGGGCCCGGAAGGAGCGCGAGAAGGAGGACUGUCUCCACCUGAAGCGGCAGCCCAAGCGGCGCUGGCUGUUCUGGAACAGCCCUUCCUCACCGUCCUCUUCAGCCACCUCCUCGUCUUCCCCAUCUUCCUCCUCGGCUGUGGUCUGAGACGCUGCCACGCUCUUCUGGCCCUGCUGCCAUUGUCCCCACGUGUUCUUGCCCCUCCGCCCUUCUGCAUCGCCCCCUCCGCCUUCCAGGGACAGAGGGCUCACAUAACCGGGGCCCUGCGGGGAGAAGCCGCUCUCACCAGCCAGCAGAGCUCAGCAGGGAGAGGAAGGAGCCGGGCCUCGCGGGUCAGAGCAGGGGCCCGGGCAGAGGUCCCGAUUCCACGGCAGGGCAGGAGGCAACCCCUGGGAGCUGGGGAGCGGGGAAAGAGCUGAGGGCUGUGGCGUCUGGUCUCUGGGUCGGAGAGCCCUAGAAUCAAAUGGAAACUCCCCCAGCCGUGAGGCCGUGUGUCUUGGUCUGCGGAGGCAGCCCCC